GCUCGUCUUCGGUCGGUCGAAGUAUUAUAUCGUUGAUUGAUGACGGCUACUAAUGCAUUGAUUAAUCGAGAUUUGGAGCCGAUUCACCCCGUUUACGCCUCCUAAACCAGUGAUAGUGCGCGGUGUCGGGUCUUGUUUCUAAAGUGUAAAGAAAAGGCUUAAAACUGGUGUUCGACAAGUCACUUGGCAAUAUGCCUGCCGUAAGGGGAGAUGGAAUGCGAGGACUCGCAGUCUUCAUAUCGGAUAUAAGAAACUGUAAAAGUAAAGAAGCAGAAAUAAAAAGAAUCAAUAAAGAGCUGGCAAACAUAAGAAGUAAGUUUAAAGGUGACAAAACUCUCGAUGGAUAUCAAAAAAAGAAGUAUGUCUGCAAACUGUUAUUCAUCUUCUUGCUGGGUCACGACAUCGACUUCGGACACAUGGAGGCGGUCAAUCUGUUGUCUUCCAACAAGUAUUCCGAAAAGCAGAUCGGGUAUUUGUUUAUCUCCGUUCUGGUCAACACCAACAGUGAUCUGAUCAAGCUCAUCAUUCAGAGCAUCAAGAAUGACUUGCAGUCACGCAACCCUAUCCAUGUUAACCUCGCCCUGCAGUGCAUCGCGAACAUCGGCAGCAAAGAUAUGGCGGAAGCUUUCUGCACAGAGAUCCCUAAACUUCUUGUGUCUGGAGACACAAUGGAUGUUGUUAAACAAUCCGCUGCUCUCUGCUUACUCAGACUCUUCCGUAAGUCUCCUGAAAUAAUUCCAGGGGGUGAAUGGACAUCUAGAAUAAUUCACUUGCUAAAUGAUCCCCAUAUGGGUGUAGUAACCGCAGCAACAUCUCUUAUAGAUGCUUUGGUAAAGAAGAAUCCAGAAGAAUACAAAGGGUGUGUUACCCUUGCAGUGGCCAGGCUCAGCCGCAUUGUGACUGCCAGUUACACAGAUCUACAAGACUACACAUAUUACUUCGUACCUGCACCUUGGCUCUCUGUUAAACUUUUAAGAUUGUUACAAAACUACACUCCACCUUCAGAGGAGCCUGGAGUCAGAGGUCGACUUUCAGAAUGCCUAGAAACUAUCUUCAACAAGGCCCAGGAACCCCCGAAGUCUAAAAAAGUCCAGCACUCUAAUGCUAAGAAUGCAGUGCUAUUUGAAGCUAUCAGCCUCAUCAUUCACAAUGACAGUGAGCCUAACUUGUUGGUGAGAGCAUGCAACCAACUCGGUCAGUUUCUCAGCAACCGUGAAACUAAUUUACGUUACCUGGCAUUGGAAUCCAUGUGUCAUCUUGCUACUUCUGAAUUUUCACAUGAGGCAGUUAAGAAACAUCAAGAGGUUGUUAUUCUUUCAAUGAAGAUGGAAAAAGAUGUCUCAGUUAGACAGCAAGCUGUUGAUCUAUUGUAUGCUAUGUGUGACAAAACAAAUGCUGAAGAGAUUGUCCAAGAAAUGUUGGCAUACUUGGAGACUGCUGACUACUCCAUUAGGGAAGAGAUGGUGCUUAAAGUUGCCAUAUUAUCAGAAAAGUAUGCUACUGAUUUUACUUGGUAUGUUGAUGUGAUUCUUAAUCUUAUAAGAAUUGCUGGAGACUAUGUAUCUGAAGAAGUAUGGUACAGAGUAAUUCAAAUAGUCAUCAAUAGGGAAGAAGUUCAAGGAUAUGCAGCUAAGACUGUGUUUGAAGCCCUACAGGCACCUACCUGCCACGAAAACAUGGUUAAAGUGGGAGGUUAUAUUCUUGGUGAAUUUGGUAAUCUCAUCGCUGGUGACACACGGUCUUCACCUUUGGUCCAAUUUGAAUUGCUCCACUCAAAGUAUCAUCUGUGUUCUGCAGCAACAAGAGCUCUAUUACUUUCUACAUACAUCAAGCUUGUCAACCUGUUUCCAGAGAUCAAAAAUCGUGUCCAAGAAGUUUUCAGAGCAGACUCCAAUCUACGUUCUGCAGAUGUAGAACUACAACAACGAGCAUCUGAAUAUUUGCAGCUGAGUAUAGUGGCUAGUUCAGAUGUAUUGGCAACAGUUUUAGAAGAGAUGCCCGCAUUCCCAGAAAGAGAGUCUUCUAUCUUAGCAGUGCUCAAAAAGAAAAAGCCAGGCCGUAUUCCUGAUACAUCUGAUAUGAGAGAAUCAAAGAGCCCUCAACCUACAUCAGCUGCUGCACCCACAGUUAACUCCACAAACAACACUAAUGCAUCAAGUGCUGACCUUUUGGGAUUAUCCACUCCACCUGGUUCAGCAGCUCCUACUGCAGGCAAUGGAUUACUCGAUGUCCUUGGAGAUCUGUACACUCCUAAAAUUAGUCCAAGCAGUGCUGCACAAAAUAAUAUCAAAAAGUUCUUAUUUAAAAACAAUGGUGUCCUCUUUGAAAAUGAACUGAUACAAAUUGGAGUCAAAAGUGAAUUCAGGCAGAAUCUAGGCAGAAUUGGCCUCUUUUAUGGCAACAAGACACAGUUUCCAAUUCAAAGUGUGAAUCCAGAACUCCACUGGACUGAUAUGCAUAAACUAAAUGUUCAGAUGAAGCCUAUGGAACCAGUCUUGGAGGCGGGUGCUCAAAUACAACAAAUGUUAACCGCAGAGUGCAUUGAAGAUUUUCUGGACACCCCAAGCAUGUCUGUUUCCUUUAUCUACAACAAUGUGCCACAGAAAAUUACAAUGAAGCUUCCUUUGACACUGAACAAAUUCUUUGAACCUACUGAGAUGAAUGGUGAAUCUUUCUUUGCAAGGUGGAAGAAUUUGGGAGGAGAACAACAAAGAGCACAAAAAAUCUUUAAGGCUCAAGGAGCAAUAGAUAUUGCAGCUACUCGCACCAAAUUGGCCGGAUUCGGAAUGCAACUGCUGGAUGGCAUUGACCCCAACCCCGAUAAUUUUGUAUGUGCUGGCAUUGUGCAUACCAGAGUGCAACAAGUAGGAUGUCUUAUGAGACUGGAACCUAAUAAGCAAGCUCAAAUGUUUAGACUUACAGUAAGAUCUAGUAAGGAAACAGUCUCACAAGAAAUUUGUGAUUUGCUUGCAGACCAGUUUUAAUAUAAAUAAAAUAAAUUAACGAAUAUGAGAACAUUGUUGAUAGCAAUGUUAUUUGCUGUUAGGUUCACAGAUGCAGAAAAUACACAAAUGCUAUAUGUUAUAUGGAGCAUGUUAAAGUCACUUGUGAACAUUGCACACUGGUUCAGUAGGAAUUUGUAUCUCACAUGUACAAUUUUGAGAUGACUUUUUACUUAAAAGUUAGGCUUUGUGGUUUGAAAAAGUUAAAAGUUUGUUUAAUAUAACUUAUACACUAUAGGGAUCAUAUUUUCAAAUAGUCCAUUACUAUAGUUCUAUGUAUUGUAUGUAAUUAUUCAACGAUCUUUAAUGUAAAUCAGAUUCCAUUGAUAGUUAUAAAUAUAGUAUGUUAGCAUUUGAUGGGCUAUUUGUAUUAUUUAAUUUGUAAAAUUAAGUAAAACUUACUGACAAGUAAGUUUGGACUUAAAUUGAAUAUAUUUUUAUUUAGACCAUUAUAGAUUUUUUAUGUUUCCUGUACAAUUCAUAUAUGGUACAGCGCGUAAUUAUAAUCAUUUAUAUGUACAUAGACUUUUUAUAAGGUGUGCCCAAAUUUCGGCUAAGUGUUGGAUGUACAUUUAUUUUUCAUAUUGAUUGAAAAUAAUGUAUUGUAUUACUAUUUUAAUCUAAAUUCAAGUGUAAUGAGAUAUGAUAAAAUGUAUAACAUGAUCAUACCAAAGUUAAAUGUUUUGGCUGUUAUGUGGCAUGAAUCGGCAUGAUUAUUCAUAACAUAAUCUAACCAUCCUGUUGGUUUUUAUCUAAAGGGGUCGCCACAUGGAUAUAAAUUCUGGGUGUGAUCUGUUACCCUAUGUUUACUUAUCAUCAUUCUAAUGAAAUAUUUAUAAUAUUUAAAAGAAUGUAAGUGGAUCUUAUUCUACUGAUUAUUUGUGGGGUAUCACAGUUAUCACAGAUAGGUACAAGAAAGUUGCCCAGUUUAUGCUACUACCCAUACCUACUGGUACCUCCAUACUGUUUGGAAUACUGAAACGUAUGUAGUCAAAUAACAUUCGAUUUUUAUGGGGCGUGUUUGUAUGACCGUUUUGGCACUAAAGGAUUUAUAUUUGAUUUUUCUUAUUUUUAAAGCCAUGUAAAUAAUAUACGUCCCUACAUCAUCCACUAUAUGGAGAUGCCCCACGAAUAUUGUCUAAUCAAGAAAUAAGGCCCAUGCAACUGAACGUUAUCAAUGUUAUCAUUAAUAUUUUAGGUUUUUUAUUUACUUGUAAUGAUCCUAUGUAAUGUGAGAUUAUUUUUGAAUGGUUACGAUUCCUCCUUUCCUUUCAGAAGUACUCGUCCACAAUCUUGUUAUUUGUAACUUGAUCACUGAUAUACUUAUUAUUCAACAACUUCGUCCAUUUUCGCUUUAGAUUUAUAUUUCUUCCUUUUUACGAUCCGAUUCAUGGACAAAGAAAUGCAAACUCCAUCAUUCUUGGUAUUGGUGGAAAACUUACUUAUAUUGAUAGGGAAACAUUUUGUUAUCAUGUGUUAUUCAUACAUUCCUCAUAUCUAUUAAAAUUUGGUUAAUGUAAUAAACCAAAAAAUAUUAGUGACUUUAAAAUAUAUAUAUGCAUGCAAUUUAUUCUGGACUUAUAGCUAUGUGAACGGAAAUCAUAUAUUAGGUAUAAUACUUGUAUGUAAACUCCGUUGGAACAAAAUGCCCAUUGUCUGUCAUUGUAUGCGGACUGAUAAGAAAAGGAAGAGGACUGAGCUCACCCAGUUAUCAUAUGUGAAUGUACGAGAUUAAUAAAAAUUAUGUACAAUAAAAUGUGGUAUGUGUUAUUGUUUGUUCAUAGGAAUCUCACCACAUAGAAUAUCAUAGUUGAACUGUACCACAUGAUAUGUAGAUUCGUAGAUACAAUUGGUAUUAGGGUAAAUGGCUUGAAAGAAAGUGUAUAACCAGUUGUACGCGAAAGAGUAUUAAACAUAAAAUGUUUAAGGGAGCAUAGUAAAAUAUACUUUGCAUGGUAGGUGUUUAAAAAGUAGUAAGAAUAUUCACAACAAAUUGUUUAUGCAUUACUUCAUCUCGUUAAAACACGUGGUAUGGAAAUUAUAUGUAUAUUAUGAAAGUAAGAAUGUGUGUACUUGCUUAUUUGAUAAAUACCUUCAGUGUAUUGUGUGUGAGUUGAAUAUCAAAGGUUAAUAAAUUGAGCGUGAUACAUAGAUUAUAUAGAGGUUCGUUCCGCGCUUGAAGCCACUUUGUAAUUGUCUAACGUAAAUAUUUAUCCAAUAUAUAAUAUAUUGAAAUUGAA